GGGAGGCCGGGAGGGAAGGUGCCAGAACGUUGCGCGGGGAAGGAGGCUGGCAGCAAGCUCUCACCAUGAACCGGCGGCGGGGCUGCGGGCCGUCAGGGGGCCUGCCGAGGGGCACGCCGGGGUCUUGGACCCGCGGCCUCUCCCCAGGCCCCCGCCGCGGAGAGGAGAGGGGUGUCGGCUGGUGUGAGGCCCAGGCUGCGGGUGCUCCCUCACAGACAGGACGACAGACAGAAAGACAGACAGACAGCUGCCGGGAGACAGCCCCGAGGCGCAGCUGCUCCGGCACACCUCAUGGCCGAGUGAGUCUCCUCCGGGCCCGGCUCCCCGCCCCCCCAGCAUGGUGCAGGCCCCAGGGGGGCGUCCCGGAGCUCAGCCACCAGCCAUGACCCAGCCACCACCCCCCAAAGCCCCGGCCAAGAAGCAUGUGCGGCUGCAGGAGAGGCGGGGCUCCAACGUGGCGCUGAUGCUGGACGUGCGGUCCCUGGGCGCCGUGGAGCCCAUCUGCUCCGUGAACACCCCCCGCGAGGUCAGCCUGCACUUCCUGCGCACCGCGGGGCACCCGCUCACAAGCUGGGUGCUGCAGCACCAGCUGCCCAGCCCCAAGCAGCUGGAGGAAGAGUUCCUGAAGAUCCCCUCAAACUUCAUCAACGCGGAAGACCUGGACGUCCCUGGCCACGCCUCCAAGGACCGGUACAAGACCAUCUUGCCAAAUCCUCAGAGCCGUGUCUGCCUGGGCCGGGCUCAGAGCCAAGAAGACGGAGACUACAUCAACGCCAACUACAUCCGAGGCUACGGCGGCCAGGAGAAGGUCUACAUCGCCACGCAGGGCCCCAUGCCCAACACUGUGUCGGACUUCUGGGAGAUGGUGUGGCAGGAGGGAGUGUCGCUCAUCGUCAUGCUCACCCAGCUCCGCGAGGGGAAGGAGAAAUGUGUCCACUACUGGCCCGCGGGAGAGGAGACGUCCUACGGGCCCUUCCGCAUCGGCAGCCGGGCAGUGAAGGAGCACCCCGAGUACACAGUGCGCCAGCUCACCAUGCAGUACCAGGAGGAGGUCCGGCCCGUGAAGCACGUGCUCUUCUCUGCCUGGCCCGACCACCAGACCCCGGAGUCGGCGGGGCCCCUGCUGCGCCUGGUGGCGGAAGUGGAGGAGGGCGUGGAGACGGCCGGUCCCCCGGGGCCCAUCGUGGUCCACUGCAGCGCAGGGAUCGGUCGGACCGGCUGUUUCAUCGCCACCAGAAUCGGCUGCCAGCAACUGCAGGCCCGUGGGGAGGUGGACAUCCUGGGCAUCGUGUGCCAACUGCGACUGGACAGGGGCGGCAUGAUCCAGACGCUGGAGCAGUACCAGUUCCUGCACCACACCCUGGCCCUGUACGCGGCCCAGCUGCCCGCAGCACAAGAGCCCAGGCCCUGACCCCCGCCCCGCCCCGCCCAGCAGAGCCCAGGCACCAGGGUGCCCCCCGCCCCCUAUCUGGGCAAGCACGAUGGGCGUGUGGGGGUUGGGCCCGGUGAGAUCGGGAGCCCCUGGGUGACACGAAGAGCACGUGCUCCCUGGGGGUGCUCCCUCGGGAUCCUUGCUGUGUCUGCAAGGACCAGGGUCACACUGGCCGUUGCGCUGCUUCCGGCGGCUCCAAGUGGACACAGCGGGCAGCGUUGUGGGGCUGAGCGUAGACAGGCGGGGAAACCCCGAGUCCAGGCCUCCCCCAAACUGGCCCCCGGGCUCCCAUCUGAAUGCUCUGGGCCCAGGCAUUCAGGCGGUGCCGCCAGGAGCAGGGUGGCCUAGUCGUCGGCCCGCUCUGGGGGUGGCGAGAGGGCACUGCCAAAAGCUGCCUCUCCGGGCUCCGCCUGAGCACGGGCCCCAGGCCAUUGGCCCUGGAAGGCCGCCUUUGACCGACCCGAGUUCCCAGCACCUGCCAUGAAGCUCGCUGCUUCCUCACGCCCUCGCCUCUCUGUGUGCCGGACUCUCUCCCCAAAUAACAGGCCCCAGAGCAUCUCCUGAGUGCCCUGGGAGCCAGUUAUGGACCGACCAGGCCCGGAAGCGGAAUCUCUGGGAAAGGAAGAAAGAGGGGAGCCUCAGAAGGCCAAGAGAGUUGUCUGCUACCCCUCGGCUGCCCAGAUCCCACCUGCUACCCGCAGGCCUGCGCCCUCUUGACCUGCAGCUAUGACCUCAGUAGACGCCCAGGAAGAGGAUCGGGGGAGUCCCCGUUCCCCCCGAGCUCCGCCCACCAGCCCCACCAGCCACACCUGUGUGAUCCGCCCGGCUCUUGGGCUCAAGCACUCCAGGCGGAUGUGGGGGUUCAGGCUGAACCCCAGACAGCUCACAGCCUCCAUCCACCUCGGCCUCAACCCACACCGCAGCGUCCAGAUCCUUCAAGCCAGGGCGGCUGCCUAGUGGGUGAGGGGGGCCCAUGGGUCGGGGUACCCCAGGCGCCUGCCCUUGCUGAUGCCUCCUGAGGGUCCUCCCUCGUGACCGCAUGCCUCUGCAGACUGUGAUGCUGAGUUCUUGGCGCUUCUACUUGGCCUGAAGGCAUCCUCCAUCCUGAUGGCUGGACCCUGGUGUCCUGGUACCUGCGCCCUGCCAGGCCCCCACAAGAGGCAUCCCCAGGUGUGCCCAUGAGGCUGGACCCUCAGGAACUUCCAUGCUGCCCGUCCUGCAGCCCCAGCCAGGCUCAGAAGCCCAGAGGGACAGUUCAGCUCUGCGACAGGCCAGAGGGGAAAUAAAGCACCUG